AUGUACAACAGGGAGCAGAAACAGAAAUUACCACCAGCUCACCUGUGCUCCCUAACAGACGUUGCUGAAGCUUUAUCUGCAAAUGGUACCUCCAUCAAUGGUACAACAAAACACAUAUCACAUACUAAUGGUAUCAAAUUUAGUGAAGAUGCAACAAGAUUAAGUUUAUGUGGGAAAGCUAGUAAUUUACCAGCAAGAGUGGAAUUAUUAAAGAUUAAGGCAAAUGAUGUGUUUGCCAGACAACAAUGGACAUAUGCAAUUACUUUGUAUAACCAGGCAUUGAGUUUAGUUCCAUAUAGUGCUGUUCUACUGGCCAACAGAGCAGCUGCUUUCAUGAAACGAAAAUGGGACGGUGAUUUAUAUGCUGCAUUAAGAGAUUGUCAUACUGCAUUAUCUAUUGAUCCGUCACACUGUAAAGCUCACUUCAGAUUAGCAAAAUGCUUAUUUGAAUUAACUUGGGCAAAAGAAGCCUUAGAUUGUCUCAGAGAAUUCAAAGACAAAUUUCCUGACUAUGCUAAGAAUCAUACAUUUGAACAGCUUGAUAGAGAUAUAUGUGCUACUCUCUAUUCAAAGACUGCUACAGAAAGUGAAGGUGAUAAGAAGACUGAUAGUACUAAUGGUAGUCGUCGACGCCAACGAGAAAGCUUGUCAGAACAUGAGAAUAUAUUACGUACUGAUAGUUGUGAUUAUAGUCAGAGAUUCUGUGGUCAUUGUAACACUACUACAGAUAUCAAAGAAGCUAAUUUCUUUGGCAGUAAUGGUCAAUACAUAGUAGCUGGUUCUGAUGACGGCUCAUUCUUUGUGUGGGAGAAAUCUACAACUAAUCUAGUACGUGUACUGAGAGGUGAUGAGUCUAUCGUCAAUUGUUUACAACCACAUCCAAGUUCCUGUUUGUUAGCAACAAGUGGAAUUGAUCCUGUUGUCAGGUUAUGGAGUCCAAGACCAGAGGAUGGUCCCAUUGAAGACAGGAGUGUGGCGGAAGCAGACUCAGCAGCCACAGCCAAUCAGAAAAGAAUGAAUGCAGAUCCCUUAGAAGUGAUGUUAAUGAAUAUGGGAUAUCGUAUAGGAAUAUCAGAAGGCUCAGAUGAUGAAAAUGCUGAGAAUGCAGUACAGUGCAGACCAAGCUAAACUCAGGUCCAUGCAUUUUUUUUGUCUGCAGACUGAUGUUACAGUGAAACGUUUGGGUGAAAUAC